AUGACAAAUGUGAUCGUCUUGCAGGAGCUCGUGAAAUACUCUCAACGUCUCGGCGACGAUUGUACGGACCUUCAGAAAGCUCUCGAGCUAUUCUUAGGCGUCCCAACUCGGGCGACAAGCAACCUCUUCAUAUCUAGCAUCGAAGGUUACCGUGGGAACAUCUAUAAACUAGGAAGGUUACUGACCCACGACUGGUUCACCGUCACUUGCGGCCAGGAACGCGAACAACUGUACGUCUUCCUGUUUAAAUCGAGAUUACUCCUUUGUAAAGUCAAGCGGAUUGGUGAAGAUCGAUCGGCUUUUGAACUUAAACAAAUUAUCAAGCUUCCCGAAGUUGAAGUAAGGGAUAUCCCAGACAGCAACAAGUUCGAACUCCAUCAGAAAGAACCUCCUCUUGUAAUUACUUUUAAAGCACACAAGGAGUCUAUUAAAACUUCUUGGUUGCAAGAGAUAAAGCGUUACGCCACCGAUCUAGUUGCACUAGCGGAACACGCGGCAGACGAUCUACAAGUUCAACCACCUCCUGAAGAAUUGAUAGAAAAACCAGAAGAGAAGAGAAAGAGAUCAGUUACUGAAGAUUACAUUGAAGAUAUACAAGAGAAGAAAUCUCGUACGGAGGAAGUUGAAGUCUCAGAAGUUCUAUCGAGACAAGAAUCUCUAGAAGUACUUAAAACAAAGAGAAAGGCAUCUACUGAAGCACAGACUAUCACUAAACUUUCCAAGACUGAAGGAACAGAAACAUCAUCAAUAAGCGAAGUCCAAGAAAUAUACGAAGCUGUUGGCUCUGAAAGUGAAGUCGCAGUAGACGUAGCAUCUACAACAUUAGUGACGCAAUCAAUUGAACAGCAAUCUGUCACAUCUCAGUCCCAGCUCAGUCAAGAAACGGUUAUUCAAAACAAAACUCUACAAAUAGAAAAUCAAGAAACCGUAUCCAUCCUAUCUGAACAAAAACAAAUUAGCGAACAAGUAAGUAUACAAUCUGACCUAGCUGUCAGUGAAAACAAGGAAACAGUAAUUACUGAUAUUCAAAAGUCGGAAACAUCACAAGAUCAGAAAUCAUCUCUCAUAGAAACUCAAGAAUCGUUAAAGUCUUCUGUGGAAGCUACGUUACAUACGACAUCUGAAGAAACAAGCGCUCAACAAUCUUCUUCCUACAACGACCAAGUGUUAAAACCUUCGAAAGAGGAACAAAAUAACGUAAAACUAGUGGUCGAGAGUGAAGAAAGUGUUGUUUACGAAAAACAAACGUCAAAAGUAGAGUGUAUUGAAGUAACUGAUAACGUUUCAAGUAGUACUAUAGUAAGUACUUCUGAUACUGAAUCUAUUACAUCUUGUGUUACAAAGAACGGACAGAGUGUAACCGAUAUAGAUUCAAAAAAUAUAAACAGAACAUCAUAUGAAGAUAAAACAAACACUGUAGAUAAAACUGAGAUAACAUCGAAACAAAACACUAAAGAGACAUUUACGUCUUCUGCUGAAACAGAAGAAUUGAAAUCAUCUUCACAAUAUUCAUCUUUACAGGUUAUUGGUGAUACCGGUCAGGACAGUGCAAAAGAAUACGAACAAACUAAAGAGGAAAAGUCUUUUGUUUCUGAUAGAAAGGAAAACGGUGAAACUGGAAAAGAUCAGGAAAUUACUGAUAUAAGUCACACUGAGGACCAAAAGUUAGAAGAAAAAGUACAAGAACAAAGUCAAACUGUAACCACAGAAGAAGAAAACGAGAUGUCGAGAUACAGCCGCACGUCGCGGCUCUCUGGAGAAUACUCCAGCAGCACCCGCAAACUAUCUUCGGGUGGUCGCUACGAGUCCUCUACAAACGACGGCGGGCUCUCAAGUUAUUCGCGGCGUGAGAGUGGCGCCCGCUCUGAGGCGCGAUACGAAGCUGCCACGACUAUAGAUGGCAAUUCACGCUACGAAUCGAAAUACUCGUCAUCCGCUUCCAGCAAACUUGAGGCUGGCUCCAAGUACGGCCUUGAAUCAAGUUUUGAAGUCAAGGAAGCCUCGAAAUACGGGAUUGAAUCUGCCUCCAACGCUGGCAGUAAACUUGAUAGCAUUGCCUCCAAGUACGGAUUGAGCGCCGAUUCGGACGCUCAGAUAGAAAACCAAUCUUCUAAGUACAGUGUGGAAGCUAGUUAUGACGGAAAUUCCGAAACUAUGAGUAAAAUUGACAGCAUCGCUUCCAAAUACGGACGCAAUUCGAUAACCGGCAGCUCCAAAAUUGAGAGCCGGUCAACGAAAUUGAACAUCGAAACUAGCUUGGACGGCGAUAACGUGAACGGAGAGUCGGUGGUAGAAUCGAAAUAUAGCAGCCUGAGAAACGGUGACAGUGUCUCUAAGAGCAAGUACUCUAAGAAGACCGUGUCGAACGGUUCUGUGUGCGAUGAGUACGGUUCAACAAAAACGGUAAAGAGAUCCGAGUCCAGCGAAGGGAAGCCAGUGUUCACGAAGACACUAGAAGGACAGAACAUCGAGCCGGGAGAGAACGUGACCUUCGAGUGCGAGCUGUCCAACGACGAGGCCAAGGUGACCUGGCUGAAGGACAACCGGCCGCUGACCGACAAGCUGGCGGACCGGGUCGAGAGGCGGGCGUCCGGCGCUGCUCACACGCUGCGGCUGCUGCACUGCCGCGAGGACGACUCCGGCGUGUACACCGCGCUGGCCGAGACACAGCGAGGCACAGCAACCUGCACCGCGCAGCUAGUCGUGCACCAGCUGACACCAGAGGAGAGGCGACAAAAGAAUGCACUUAACGCACCAUAUUUCGUGGUGGCUCUCAAGGAUACAGAGAUCCUGUUGAACACGUUCCUUCGCUUCAUGAUCAGAGUGAAGGGAAAUCCAAACCCAGUAGUUAAAUUUUACCGUGAGGGUGUGGAGAUCGUGUCAAACUCUCAGUCUGACCGAGUCAGCAUCCUCCGCACGCUGGCCGACAGCGGUUGUUACGAGCUGGUCAUACCUGACGUGACGCGUGACGACGCAGGGAAAUACUCCUGCCGGGCCGUCAACGAAUAUGGAGAGGUUGAGUGUGAAGCUACCGUCACUGUUGUUGAUGACAAGAACAUCUUCGGAGAACUGCCGCCGGGCGGGGAAGGUCUGUUGCCUAAAGGAGAGAAACCCAGCUUUACAUGGAAAAAAGAUGGAGUCAACUUCGACCCUGAAGAAAGAUUUAAGGUAUUGUUGGAGGAUGACGAGGACUCCCUGGCGCUAGUGUUCCAGCACGUGAAGCCUGAAGACGCCGGCCUCUACACCUGUGUGGCCAAGACCAGCACCGGGAACAUAUCCUGCUCCGCGGAGCUUACCGUACAAGGAGCGGUGAACUACCUUCACCGUGAACCCCAGAAACCUGAGCUGGUGAUCGAGCACCGCGAGGCUGUAGUGUCCAGCGGUGGAUCGGCUAUACUCGAGCUGGUCUGCAAGGGCUACCCCAAACCUACAGUGGUGUUCAAACACGAUGGAAAAGUCGUUGAAGCUGAUGCCAGACACAAGUUUCUUCACGAGGACGAUGAAAACAUGUCCCUCGUUAUCAAAAACGUGUGUGAAGCUGACGCCGGCGUGUACCACAUCAGCGCCGAGAACGACCUGGGCGAAGACACCACCACCGUCAACCUGGUGGUCAAGGCCGCGCCCAGGAUUAAGAAGAAAAUUGAAAACCAGAGCUGCAUGGCGGGUUCAACUCACGAGGUGACCAUCGAGGUAGAAGGAUCUCCGGCUCCAGAACUGAAGUUCUUUAAGGACGGCGUCGAAAUCAAGUCCUCGGAACGGAUCCGCAUAGUGAAGGAGUCGGACGAACUUUACAAGAUCAUUAUCACGGACUGCAAGCUGACUGACACCGGCUCAUAUUCUGUUGUUGCUACGAACGAAGUGAACCAAUGUUCAGACUUCUGGCAGUGGCACGUGUCCUCACCGCCGAGAGUGACCAAGAAGAUGGGGGGAGAACGGAUCUGUGACGAGAAGGAGACCCUCACACUCACCGUGGACACGGAGGCAGACCCUGCUCCUACUGUGACCUGGUACAAAGAUAAAGUAGAGCUUAAGGAGUCUACUGCAGUGAAGAUGUCAUCAAAAGGCCAGGCUCACUCUCUGGUCAUCACGUCCGCCGCUCGUGCUGACAGCGGGGAAUACUCCUGCGAGGUCCGUAACACGUUAGGCAGCACGAGUGACUCAUGUUCAGUGAACGUUCGUCGCGGGCCCGUGUUCACUCAGCGGCUGACCGACCUCACGGCGGCCGAGGGGGACGUUAAUGUGGAGUUCACGGUGGAUGUAGACGCCUUCCCGCAACCAAGCGUGCAGUGGUAUUUAGGAGACGUUGAAAUAACAGAGAAGAAGUCAGUGUACAGUCGCGUAGACAACGGCAGCAGUCAUAAGCUGAUCCUUAAAGAGGUGUCCGCGGAAAUGUCCGGACGAUACACUUGUAAGGUGACCAACGAACUGGGUGAAGACUCCUGUCAGGCCACCUUCACUGUUAACAGAAAACCCCGCAUUACAAAGAGCUUGGUCGACAUGACGGUGGACGCUGGUCAGACUCUGAAAAUGGAGGUCGAGGUUGAGGGUUGUCCUGAACCAAAGGUCAAAUGGUUCAAGGACGGCAAAGAGGUCACUACGGACGCUAGGAUAAAGAUUGAACGUGACACUAAGAGGUUGGAGAACUAUCAUCUCACUGUGACUCUGGUCAAAGAAGAGGACGGAGGAGAAUACGAAGUAAGAGCUGAAAAUGAAAUGGGCAGUGUGUCCAGCAAGAGCACUGUCACUGUUCAUACUAAAGAAGUUCAUUCGAGAUUCAAGAAAGAAAAUAUUCUCGAAAAAGAAUUGGAAGAUGAGAAUCAAUGUCAAAAACAACAAAUUGAUUUCGUUGACACUGAGAAGAAAAAAACUGCUGAAAAAGAAAAAACGAAAGCAGAAGUGGCGGAAGAGAAGUCUUUGGAUGAUGAAUCUAAAGUAAAAGUGAAGGCCGUUGUAAAUGAGGAAGUUGAUAAACCAGUCCCCCUUAAAUCCCAGAAAUCCUUUACAGAACCUGAAAAAAUUGAAGAAAAAUCUUUGGCUGAUGAAACUGAUAUUAAGGUAAAAACAGUUCAAUCUGAAGAUGUUGAAAAGCCUGUUAAAGUAAAAUCUCAGAAAUCAUUCACUGAGCCAGAUAAGAUUGAAAAGAAAACUUUAGCAAAAGAAGAUGAGACGAAAGGCAAACCUGUGGCGAUUGAAGAAGUUGACAAGCCCGUUCCAAUGAAAUCACAAAAAUCUGUUUCUGAACCCGAAGUUAUUGAAGAAAAAUCGUUUUGGGAUGACAUACAAAACGAUGAAAAAGUAAAAUUGGCUGAGAUGAAUGAACCGGAAAAUGUCCCACGAAAAGCAAAGAAAUCGUUUUCGGAAACGCAAGAGGCGGAGACCAAAUCUAUUUGGGGUGAAAAUCAUAAUGAAAAAAUAAAACAGCCAAUUGUUGAAGAAGUAAUUGAUAAACCAAAGCAAGUUGAAAGAGAUGUUACUAAACCAGAAUUAAUAGAAAAGAAGGAAAUCGAAGCUGAUCUUGUUUCACCAAAACGCAAGUCUGUUAAAAAAGAAUCUAUUGUUGAAGAACCAUUGAGUGCUGAAACUGAAGGGCGAGUUUUCGAAACAGUAACCACGUUCAAGUCUGGUGACGAUGGUUCAAUUAUAGUAUCUAAAGUAAGCAGCACCCGCUCUCAUGGCGCUAUUGUCACAGGUCCAGCCGAAACGCGCACUUUACAUAAAAUGACAUCAAGCGCUGUAUAUUAUGAUGAUGAUGAUGAAUGUGAUAGAAAGGUUUUAAGACCGAAUAAACCGCACACGACUUCAUUAGAAGUAGAAGAGAUCGCUAGUCACAGUUACUAUCUAUCCGAACUCGGAUAUUAUACAAUACCAGAGCAUAUCAGACGGGGCACAUACGGGAUAAUCGAGGAACCCCAGACCGAUUCUGACGCGGAGACCAACUCGAGACAUGGCAGACAAUUUGGCGCCCGAACUCUGUCAAUUAUGUCGAUGUCAGAAGAUGAUAUGAGCUGGCAAAACGACUCGCUCUCGCGAGAAAUUUCCAUUGAGGACCUUUCUAAAUGUAUCUUCGAAAUAGACGAAACUAAAAAAGUAUUCAGUAGAGACUCAUACGUGCGCCAAUCGUCAUUUAAGGAAGAUUUCUUCACAGACGAAGGUGAAGAGGAAUCAAUUAUAUUACAAGAAAAAAGUCAAAAGGUCUUUGAGAACGAUAUCACAGAGAAAAUUAUUCACAUAUCGAAAGAAUUUGACGAUAACAGUUCAGUGCAGAAUAAGAUAGACGAUGUUAAGAAUCGUAUUAUAGAAGAACUCGUAUUAAGCCCUACUAAAAACCUUAAUAAUAUAACAAAGGAUGUUGCCGAAUCCUCAGUGGAAAGAAAGAAAAAACUUAACAAUAGUCUGUUCAGUGUUGAAGAGGAAGACAGUGGAAUAGAAGACUUACUGAGACGUAGCCAGAGACAAAGGAGCAUAUUAGAUGACAUUCUUGAUCAAGAAGACAAAAAAGCACCCCCCAAAUUAAAAAACAGCAGCAUGAAGGAUGGACACACUCACGAAUCUCUGCCUCUGGUUUAUACCGUGGAAGCCUCGGGUACUCCCCAGCCCACCGUGCGCUGGCUCCAUGACGGACAGGAAGUGAAGCCUGAUGACAGAGUCCACGUCUCCAACGACGGAGAUCUUUACAAGCUAAAGAUUGACUCCGUGGACAUGAAGGACGCCGGUAAAUGGCAGGCUGAAAUUAUCAACGAUUUGGGUAAAGAGACUCUGCAAGCUGAGCUGUCCGUAUCACCGGUUGCCGAGCUUCGGAAGCCAAUCUUCACGAAACCUCUGGAAGCUGUGAGCGCGAUGCAGCGGACCCCGGCCACGCUAACCGCGGUGUGUACGGCGGACCCCUUACCUCACGUGUCGUGGGCGCUCAACGGAAACGAACUACAGCCUGAUGUUACCCUGGUCAUGAACCAGGAGACCAAGGAACUUGAUCAUGGCAUCAAGGAGUGCACUUUCAGCCUUCAUCUACCCAGUGGCCUCCACACAGAUACGGGAACUUACACUCUCACGGCCAAGAAUAAGUACGGUGUAGGCGAGUCAUCAGCUCGACUGGACAUCCUUCUGCGGCCUGAAGUAGAGCCUCUCAAAGACAUCACCACUGUGCCCUUCGAAGAAGUCACCUUCAUCACUAAGAUCAAGGCCAAUCCGGUUGCUGAAGUCAAAUGGAGCAAAGAUGGCUACGUAAUCCAAAAGUCAGAGCAUUACGAAAUUCUUGAAGACCGGGAGAAGGAACGGUUCCAGCUUGUGAUUAAGGACGUGAGGCUGGAGCAGGCCGGCACCUACACCGUCACCGCCACCAACAACCUGGGAGAAACCACACAACAGGCCAAACUGAAUGUGCACACGGACAAGCCUACGUUCGUGAAGCCUCUGCAGAAGCAGAUCGUAAAGGACUAUGAAGAUGUUACAUUGAGGGUCCGCUGUGACGGCGUGCCCAAGCCUGACGUCAAGUGGUUCUUAGAAGGGAAACCGGUGGAAAAUGAUGAGAGACACACCGUCAGUACAGUGGUUGGGGGUCAAGUGGACAGCGAACUGGAGAUCAAACACUUUGGAGCUCAAGACGCGGGAAAUUACACGGUGGUAGCCAGCAGUGUAUCAGGCUCAGCGGAGUGCUCGGCUGUAAUCUCGCUAGCACAAAUUCCUCCGGGCUUCUCUCACAAACUGGACCGGCAGAAGGAGGUGGAUGAGGGAGAACCGCUGGAGCUGAAGGUCAAAGUUGACGGCAGCCCAAUACCGAAAGCUAAAUGGCUCAAGGACGGCGUUGAGUUAUCUCCGUCAGACAGCCACGUACAGCAGAGCUGCCAGCCGGACGGUACAGUCAAGCUGUACAUCGAGCGAGCCACGCCUGCUGACUGCGGCGCUUACAAGCUAAUCAUCACCAACCCUAGUGGCGAGCAUAUGGCUUUGUGUGCGGUCGCCGUUAACCCAACUCCCCGCAAACCUUCAUUUAGCGAGGAGCUGGAAGAUACUAAGGUGGUAGUUGGUCAGCCGUUGAAGAUGCAGGCGCGAGUGAUGGCCUUCCCCGCGCCGGAGGUGAAAUGGUUCAAGGAUGGUAUCCCGCUGAGACCCAGUCAAGCCGUGAACUUCAUCAACAGUCCAGGAGGAAUCAUCGGUCUCAGUAUUGACAGCGCCAGGCCCGAAGACGCCGGCGUCUACUCCUUGGUCCUUACAAACAAACUCGGAGAAGCGGAAUCCAAAGCUAAAAUAGAAGUGGGUCAGAAGGAACGUAAACCAGCAUUCAUCGCAGAACUACAGCCGGCUAAAGUUAUCGAAGGUUUCCCUGUCAAGAUGGAAGUGAAGGUGCUGGGUCACCCGCCGCCUUCUAUUAAAUGGACUCGUGAUGGCAAGGAGCUGAUUCCCGACGGUCAAUCAGUCCGCGUGGUGUCUCAGCCUGACGGGACACACGCUCUGCUUCUGUCUAAUGUGUCUCCGAGCGACGCCGGGGUGUACUCAGUGAUCGCGUCUAAUGAUAAAGGCGAGAUGACCUCCAGCGCGCCCCUCACUGUCUCCGGUCGUGAGGACGCCUCCAGCCCUCAAGAACGUCCUCAACUGAUCCACGGCCUGCGAGAUGUGACCGGUGAAGAGGGCCAGCCACUCAUCAUGAGCGCGCCCUUCACAGGGAAUCCUGUACCCAAGGUCUCGUGGACUAAAGACGGGAAGCCGCUCACACCUAACGAUAGAGUUCUGCUUACCUGUGACGGAAAGAGGGUGGGAUUGGAGAUCAAUCCACUGGAGGUAGGAGACUCGGGAACAUAUUCUGUGAAGCUUGAGAACCCUCUAGGCGAGGACUCGUCUGACGGAAAACUGACCGUACGGAAAGUAUACCAGCCGCCGAAGUUCGUGCAGCGAUUCACAGACCUACAACAGCUGCCGACCUUCGACGCGAAGUUCCCUGCUCGUGUGACAGGCGUGCCUUCUCCCGAAGUAUCUUGGUAUAAGGACGGCGUGCUACUUAAGCCAUCUGACAAGUACAGUUUGAAGAGAGACGGUGACGCGUGCUGCUUGUAUGUGAGGGACGUGACGCCGGGAGACGCGGGCCUGUACCGCUGUGUGGCUCGGAACAGGGAGGGGGAGGAUAGCUGUGAGGCUGCUCUUGAAGUUGUUGAUAAAAUAGCUCGCAAGCAGAAGGUAGAACCUCCAUCGUUCUUGAAGCGUCUGGGUGACGCGGAGGCUCUGCGGGGUCUGAGCGCUAAGUUCACGGCCUGCGUCACCGGGACACCCGACCCGGAAGUCGAAUGGUUCCGUAACGACAUGAAGUUGUUCCCGUGUGAGCGUGUUCGUAUAGAGCAGGAGUCGACGGGCUUGUUGCGGCUCACUAUAUCAGGCGUGGGGCCUGACGACGCUGGAGUCUAUCGCUGUAGGAUCUCCAACCCUCACGGGCAAGACGAGUGCCAGGCUAACCUCAUAUAUGACACGGGUCUAGAACCACAGUCCCAUAAGAAGCCGCUAUCAGAACAGUACUCAGAUUUCGACAAGAUGAAGAAAACUGGUGUGCCGAUGCCACUGACGGACAAGCCCAUCAUCUCACGCAUGGCUGACAGACACCUCACACUGUCCUGGAAGCCGUCCAUCCCUCACCAGCCGAGGUUCCCUGUCACCUACCAGGUGGAGAUGUGCACCAUACCAGAUGGUGAUUGGUUCACUGCUCGUACGGGUCUACGGUCUUGUGCCUGUGACGUUCGCAACCUGGAACCCUUCCGCGAUUACCGCUUCAGAGUCCGUGUUGAGAACCGCUUCGGCGUGAGCGACCCGUCACCCUACGCCGUCACGCACCGCGCCAAGCUGGAACCCGACCCGCCCAAGUUCGUGCCCUACCUACAGCCCGGCAUCGACUUCCGGCCGGAGACCUCGCCCUACUUCCCUAAGGACUUCGACAUCGAGCGGCCUCCUCACGGUAGCUAUGAACAGGCUCCCAAAUUCCUCCGACAAGAGCAAGACUCACAAUACGGUGUGAAGGGCCACAACGUGGACCUGUUCUGGUUCGUGUACGGCUACCCGAAGCCCAAGAUGACUUACUUCUUCAACGAUGAACCCAUUGAGGCCGGAGGAAGAUACGACUGGAGCUACACCAGGAACGGACAGGCUACGCUGUUCAUAAACAAAAUGUUAGAGCGUGACGUUGGUUGGUACGAAGCAGUGGCCACUAAUGAGCACGGCCAGGCCCGGCAGCGUGUGAGGCUGCAACUAGCGGAGCACCCCGCCUUCAUACGACGGCCCGAGGAAGUGGUUGUUAUGACCAGAAGAACGGCUCGUUUUGAAGCACGAGUCACUGGCCUGCCAUACCCUGAUAUCAAGUGGUACAAGGAUUGGCAGCCACUGGCACCUAGCUCCAGGAUUAAGAUGUACUUCAUCGAACCGGACACAGUACAGCUGGUGAUAACGGACGCUAUUCUGAAGGACGAAGGUCUGUACUCGGUAUCAGCUCGAAACGUCGCCGGCUCAGUCAGUUCAUCCGCAAUGCUUUAUGUGGAAGAAAGUGAACAUGAAUAUUCACAAAGAAUCCGUGAAUACCCUCCACGAAUCAAGCCUAGCAGCAAACCAUUUGGAGACCAUUUCGACCUUGGAGACGAGCUGGGCCGUGGAGUGCAAGGGGUCGUGUACCAUGCUGCCGAGAGACUUUCAGGUCGUAAUUACGCUGCCAAGAUUAUGCACGGUCAUUCGGAGCUGAAGCCGUUUAUGAAAAACGAACUGGACGUGAUGAACCAGCUGAACGACCGUCACCUUGUGAGACUCUAUCAGGCCUUCGAACACGACCACACCUUGGCACUGGUCAUGGAACUGGCUGCUGGAGGAGAACUGGUCAGAGAUCGGCUGCUGCGUAGUACCGGCUACAGUGAACGCGAGGUAGCGGGAUAUAUGAGACAGUUGCUAAGGGGAUUGAAACACAUGCAUGACAACAGUUACGCUCAUCUAGGACUCACAAUCGGCGAGCUGCUUCUGUCUCACUCAGGAAGCGAUUAUUUGAAAAUUUGCGAUUUCGGCCUGUCACGCAAGAUCCAUCUCGACAAGCACGCUGCCUUGAACUACGGUAUGCCUGAGUACGUGGCACCCGAGGUGGCUAAAGGAGAAGGAGUCACCUUCGCCGCGGACAUGUGGAGCACCGGCAUCAUAACCUACAUACUGCUGAGCGGAAUAUCACCCUUCAGAGGCGCCAAUGAUAGAGAGACGCUGACGAGGAUUCAGGAAGGGAAGUGGCAGUUCGAUGAGGAGUGGUGGUCCUGCCUGAGUCGGGAGUCCAGGGACUUCAUAUCCAAACUGCUGGUCGUCAACUGGAGAGACAGGAUGGACGUCGAUACAGCCCUGAACCAUCCCUGGCUGACAAUGGCUGACAAGAUCUAUAAGGACGAAUACAUCAUAUCGACGGACAGAUUGAGGAAUUAUUACAAUUUAUACAGGGAAUGGAUGGACAACGCCCAAUGUCGCACGUGGUUCCGUCGUCGGCCGCUGAGUGGCGCCUUCGAGCAUCCCUCCAAGAUGGUGUACCCGCCCGGCAUCAUAUACACUCCUGAAGGAACUCCUGAGCGCGACGACAUCUCCAGAGAUAGGAAACCCGCGGAGUGGGACCUGAAGUUCAAGCAGUGGGAUCACCCUGACUGGGAGGUUUCCGCCAAAUCUGAGAGCCACUAUCAGAACGGUCCCGACACCUACUUGUUGCAACUACGAGACACUUCGUUCCCGGUGAGACUCCGAGAGUAUAUGAAGGUGGCCUGUACGCGCUCACCUGGAUACAGUCUGGCUGUACACGACACAUACGACCCCAGGACGCCAAUUAUCCGCGAACGUCGGCGGUUUACUGACAUCAUGGAUGAGGAGAUUGAUGAUGAACGACGCGAGAGGAUCAACAACUACGGAACGGAGUCCUACACCAUCCGAAGACUUAGACACGAGCUCGGCACGCGCCUCGACAGCUACGCGGAGGCACAGGCCUUCAUGGAAUCCAAAAAGGACGGCCAGCUGCCUUUCUUCCGAGAGAAGCCCCAAGUGUUGCCCGUCCAGGAGGGCGAUCAAGCUCAGCUCUCCUGCUUCGCCGUAGGAGAUCCUCAGCCUUCGAUACAGUGGUUUAAAAACGACAUGGUCAUCGCUGAGGGCCAGCGCAUCAAAAUCAUUACGGACGAAGAAGGCAGGUCCACGCUCAAAUUUGACCCAGCUAUGCAUCACGAUAUUGGUUAUUAUAAGGUCGUAGCCAGGAAUAAGGUCGGUCAGACGGUGGCUAGGACGAGGAUAGUGGAGGCGACCCACCCGGACGCCCCGGACAGCCCGACCGCGGCUGACGUCUCCGAUACUGAGGUGUUACUCCGGUGGAAACAGCCGAAGUACGACGGAAACUCUCCCGUGGUGUGCUACAGUCUGCAGUACAAAAAGGGAGAUAGCGUGGAAUGGAUCACAGUCGCUGAGAAUAUUGACCACGAGUUCUUCGUCGUGAGGGACCUCGAACCGGACACGAGCUACCAAUUCAGAUUGUCAUCCCGCAACAGAAUCGGCUGGAGCGACAAGGGCAUCCCGACUAACUUGGUUAAAACGAAACAAACCGGUUCUCCAAAAAUAGAGGUGACAAAGGCGAUGAAACACUUGCAACAGUUGACUGAAUCUGGACAGGAAAUUGUUUUGGACGAAAAUAAACCCGUACUGGACUACGACACGGAAAACAACCCACUCGAAUGGGACACGACCACCAACGUCUCCGAACGCUACACGUUCAUAUCGGAGCUGUGGCGAGGAAAUUUCUCAACCAUAGUAAAAGCCGUCGACAAGAACACAGACAGCGUUGUAGUAGCGAAGCUUCUAGAAAACAAACCCGAAACUGAAGUUCAAGUGCAGAGAGAGUACAAUUGCUUGAGAAAACUUAAACACGAGAGGAUAUCGAGCUUAAUCGCGGCAUAUCAAAUUCCUGGGUCACCGGUGGCCGCGCUCGUUAUGGAGAAGCUGCAAGGCGCCGACGUGCUCACAUACUUGUCGAGUCGUCACGACUACACCGAGCAGAUGGUGGCCACGAUCGUGAGCCAGGUGUUGGACGGGCUGCAGUACCUCCACUGGCGCGGCUACUGCCACCUCAACCUGCAGCCAGACAACGUCGUGAUGGCCUCCGUCAGGGCCAUACAAGUCAAACUAAUAGACUUCGGCUCAGCGCACCGAGUCACUAAAUUGGGCACCAGCGUCCCACAGGUCGGCGACUUGGAAUAUAAAGCUCCGGAAAUAAUAAACGACGAGCCGGCCUACCCACAGACGGAUAUAUGGUCACUUGGAGUAUUGACCUACAUCCUGUUGUCAGGAGUGUCACCCUUCCGUGGCACUGACGAUGCAGAGACUAAACAGAAUAUUUCUUUCGUGAGAUACCGAUUUGAGCAUCUAUACAAAGAGAUCACUCAGGAGGCAACCCGUUUCCUCAUGUGGGUGUUCAAGAAGGUCCCUCUGAAGCGUCCGUCAGCCGAGGAAUGUCCCGAACACCGCUGGCUCGCCAACUCAGACUUCAUACAGAGGAAACGAGAGAGGGCUGUCUUCUUAGGCAACAGGCUCAAGGAGUUCUCAGAUGAAUAUCACGAGCGUAAGUCUCGCGCCACCUCCCAGACGGACAUCCUGGCGUCAUGCGGCGCCGCCCCGAAGCUGGCGCGCUCCAACAGUGUCGCUGACGAAUUACAAACUAACACUGACUUCUGUACGCACUGA